CAAAUCCAAAUAAAAGGGAAAACCGAUCCGUGAAUCGUCAUUCGAGCAGCGAAUCUGCUAUUGCUUUUUCGGUAUUAUAUUGAUGAGGCAAAACUAUAACGGAGAUUCACCAUUUCUUUGCUUUCCUCCACCCUGAAGAGUGAAGAUUUCGCUCCUUAGUAUCAAUUUUGAAGGAUAUUCUCUCCGUUGCUGAAUCUGUAGCCAUGAUUUCCACUAACAGGCUCAAAUCGGUCGAUUUUUACAGGAAAAUUCCCAGAGAUUUAACGGAGGCAUCACUAUCAGGUGCAGGAUUAUCCAUAAUAGCAGCGUUGGCAAUGAUGUUUUUGUUUGGAAUGGAACUGAAUGAUUAUUUGAAGGUGAGCACAUCUACAUCUGUUGUUGUUGAUAAGAGUUCAGAUGGGGAAUUCUUACGCAUUGAAUUCAAUCUCAGUUUUCCAGCUCUCUCAUGUGAAUUUGCUUCGCUUGACGUGAGUGACGUGUUGGGAACUAACAGGUUGAAUAUAACAAAAACAAUCCGUAAGUAUUCAAUAGAUGCUUUUUUAAAUCCAACUGGCUCCGAGUUUCACCCAGGGCCACUCCCAGUCAUUAAGCAUGGAGAUGAAAUUGAUGAAGGAAAUGGUGAAGGCUCUUUUUCACUCUCUGCUGAUAACUUUGACAGAUUUUCACACCAGUACCCAGUUAUGGUUGUUAAUUUUUAUGCUCCUUGGUGCUACUGGAGUAACCGGCUGAAACCUUCCUGGGAGAAGGCAGCUACAAUAAUUAGAGAAAGAUAUGAUCCUGAAUUAGAUGGGCGUAUUAUCAUGGGCAAGGUUGAUUGCACUCAAGACAGUGAAUUGUGCCGGAGGAAUCAUAUCCAGGGGUACCCGUCUAUCCGAAUUUUUCGUAAGGGAAGUGAUGUUAGGCAAGAUCAUGGACACCACGAUCAUGAAUCUUAUUAUGGAGAUCGGGAUACAGAGAGCCUAGUUGCGACAAUGGAAUCAUUGGUUGCACCUGUACCAUUGGAGUCCCAUAAGCUUGCAUUGGAGGAUAAGUCUGACAAUAAAACCGACAACAAGAGACCUGCACCAUUGACGGGGGGAUGUAGAAUUGAGGGUUUUGUGCGUGUUAAGAAGGUUCCAGGCAACAUUGUUGUCUCAGCUCGUUCAGGAGCUCACUCUUUUGAUGCUUCUCAAAUGAACAUGUCACAUGCUAUCUCCCAUUUUUCAUUUGGUAAUAAGAUAUCCCCAAAGGUGCUCCAUGAAGUGAAACGGGUGACACCUUAUCUUGGUGGAAGCAUUGAUCGGUUAAAUGGUCGGUCAUACAUUAGUCGCCACGGUGAUGCGCAUGCUAAUGUUACUAUCGAGCAUUAUCUUCAAGUAGUAAAGACGGAGGUAAUAACAAGAAGAACUUCUGGGGGGAAAAAUAAAUUGGUUGAGGAGUAUGAAUACACAGCACACAGUAGUUUGGUGCAUAGUAUACACAUCCCUGUCGUGAAAUUCCAUUUUGAGCUCUCUCCAAUGCAGGUCUUAGUUACAGAAAAUCCGAAGUCAUUUUCACACUUUAUUACAAAUGUUUGUGCUAUUAUUGGAGGCAUAUUCACGGUUGCUGGGAUAUUGGAUUCACUACUACACAAUGCAAUCAGAGCGGCGAAAAAAAUUGAAUUAGGCAAAAAUUUUUGAUAGGCCAGAGUUUUCUUUCGGUAUUGUAAGAAACCCUCCUGCCCUCCCUCUCCUUUGCGUAGGUCAGUGCUUUUGAGGAAAUAGAGUUCUUCCCUGAUGUAAACGAAUGAAUUAUGAGGAAUGCAAUUGUAAGCCUCUGCAGCUGCUGCUAAUAUAGAGAAUGAUACAAAAGAAAGAUUCCCAG